GUGGGAGUUGGUACGCGGUGUAGGUGUGGAGUUGGUACGUGGUGUAGGUGGUGUAGGUGUGGAGUUGGUACGCAGUGUAGGUGUGGAGUUGGUACAUGGUGUAGGUGUGGAGUUGGUGGUGGAGGGUGUGGAGUUGGUAUGCGGUGUAGGUGGUGGAGGUGUGGAGUUGGUACGCGGUGUAGGUGAGGAGUUGGUACGCGGUGUAGGUGAGGAGUUGGUACGCGGUGUAGGUGGUGUAGGUGUGGAGUUGGUACGCGGUGUAGGUGGUGUAGGUGUGGAGUUGGUACACGGUGUAGGUGAGGAGUUGGUACGCGGUGUAGGCGGUGUAGGUGUGGAGUUGGUACGUGGUGUAGGUGAGGAGUUGGCACGCGGUGUAGGCGGUGUAGGUGUGGAGUUGGUACGCGGUGUAGGUGAGGAGUUGGUACGCGGUGUAGGUGGUGUAGGUGAGGAGUUGGUAUGCGGUGUAGGUGAGGAGUUGGUACGCGGUGUAGGUGGUGUAGGUGUGGAGUUGGUACGUGGUGUAGGUGUGGAGUUGGUACGCGGUGUAGGUGGUGUAGGUGUGGAGUUGGUACGCGGUGUAGGUGGUGUAGGUGAGGAGUUGGUAGGUGGUGUAGGUGUGGAGUUGGUACGUGGUGUAGGUGAGGAGUUGGUAGGUGGUGUAGGUGAGGAGUUGGUACGUGGUGUAGGUGAGGAGUUGGUACGUGGUGUAGGUGGUGUAGGUGUGGAGUUGGUACGUGGUGUAGGUGGUGUAGGUGAGGAGUUGGUACGUGGUGUAGGUGGUGUAGGUGUGGAGUUGGUACGUGGUGUAGGUGUGGAGUUGGUACGUGGUGUAGGUGUGGAGUUGGUACGUGGUGUAGGUGAGGAGUUGGUACGUGGUGUAGGUGGUGUAGGUGAGGAGUUGGUACGCGGUGUAGGUGAGGAGUUGGUACGUGGUGUAGGUGUGGAGUUGGUACGUGGUGUAGGUGUGGAGUUGGUACGUGGUGUAGGUGGUGUAGGUGAGGAGUUGGUACGUGGUGUAGGUGGUGUAGGUGUGGAGUUGGUACGUGGUGUAGGUGGUGUAGGUGAGGAGUUGGUACGUGGUGUAGGUGAGGAGUUGGUACGCGGUGUAGGUGUGGAGUUGGUACGUGGUGUAGGUGAGGAGUUGGUACGUGGUGUAGGUGGUGUAGGUGAGGAGUUGGUAUGUGGUGUAGGUGAGGAGUUGGUACGUGGUGUAGGUGUGGAGUUGGUACGUGGUGUAGGUGAGGAGUUGGUACGUGGUGUAGGUGGUGUAGGUGAGGAGUUGGUACGUGGUGUACGUGGUGUAGGUGUGGAGUUGGUACGUGGUGUAGGUGGUGUAGGUGUGGAGUUGGUACGUGGUGUAGGUGAGGAGUUGGUACGUGGUGUAGGUGUGGAGUUAGUACGUGGUGUAGGUGAGGAGUUGGUACGUGGCGUAGGUGGUGUAGGUGAGGAGUUGGUACGUGGUGUAGGUGUGGAGUUAGUACGUGGUGUAGUUGGUGUAGGUGAGGAGUUAGUACGUGGUGUAGGUGGUGUAGGUGAGGAGUUGGUACGUGGUGUACGUGUGGAGUUAGUACGUGGUGUAGGUGGUGUAGGUGAGGAGUUGGUACGUGGUGUAGGUGUGGAGUUAGUACCUGGUGUAGGUGGUGUAGGUGAGGAGUUAGUACGUGGUGUAGGUGAGGAGUUGGUACGUGGUGUAGGUGAGGAGUUGGUACGUGGUGUAGGUGGUGUAGGUGAGGAGUUGGUACGUGGUGUAGGUGGUGUAGGUGAGGAGUUGUAA